AUGGCACCUGUGCUGCUGGCAUUUGCCUUGCUGGUCCCUGCCCACGGCUUUGGAGGCCCAGCAGCUUCCCCCUCUGACCUCGGGCGUUUCACUGGACACCGCCAGCUUCGUGACGUACCUCAGGUCCGACGUGACACUGCGGCAAAGGCUGAGUCCACUUCGAGCGAAGGCGUUGAGACCGUUGAGACCGUUGAGACCAAGUCGAACUUGCUGGAGGCAUUUUGGAAGUUCUUAAGGCCGCAUACAAUCCGGGGCACCAUUCUAGGUUCUAGUGCUAUGGUAACGCGUGCCGUCAUUGAGAAUGGCCAAGCGCCGGACUGGUCGCUGCUGCCAAAAGCCAUGCUAGGAGUCUUGACCUUGCUGUGUGGUAAUGGAUACAUCGUAGGCAUCAACCAGAUCUAUGACGUCAGCAUUGAUGUCAUCAACAAGCCGUUCCUGCCAGUGGCUGCCAAAGAGCUCUCGGUAUCACAGGCAUGGGUUGCAAUUAUUGCAAUGGCAAUCGGUGGAACCUGGUUGUCGUACAACCUCUUUGGUCCUUUGAUCGGAUCUCUCUAUGCCUUUGGGCUUUUCCUCGGCACUAUCUACAGCGUUCCGCCUCUACGCCUCAAGAAAUCUGCAAUUGCCGCAGCGAUGAUCAUUGCCACUGUUCGCGGUUUCCUUCUAAACUUCGGUGUCUACUACGCCACCCGAGCUAUGCUCGGCGUGCCAUUCGGAUGGAGCUACCCCACAAUUUUCAUUACUUGCUUCUGCUCGGUCUAUGCCCUCGUCAUUGCAGUCACAAAGGAUUUACCAGAUGUUCAGGGUGACCUUGAGAAUAAGAUCGAUACCUUUGCAACACGUUUCGGCGUAGGCACGGUUGCAACAGCUGCAAGUGCUGUGCUGUUGGCGAACUACGGCGCCGCCUUGGUCUGGACCAACAGCCCCGCUGCCGCUGCUUUUCGGCCAAAGAUACUGCUGCCCGCCCAUGCAAUUCUUGCAUCGCUUCUUGUCCGUGGGCUGAUCCGACUUCGUCGAGCUCGCUAUAGUCAAGAGGGCCUGAAAGCUUUCUACAGGCUGAUUUGGCUGCUUUUCUACUCAGAGUACUUCCUGUUUCCCCUUGUCGGUCCGAUCGAGGCACAAGAUGAGAAAGAUGCCUUUGACCAGCAGGUGCAUAAGGUCCUGGAGCAGCGCUUCAACCUGGAUGGAAGUUUUACCAAUCUCUACAACGAAGGUGAUGACUCCGAGACAUGGCAGAGAGACGCCACAAAGGAGGCACGAGAGAUCGUUUGGGGACGACGCUUCAAGGUGCGAAUUGUGGACUCAGCCACUGACGGCGUUGCGGCAGAGGCCCAACAUCGUCAGAAUCGGGCAGAGGAGAGCAGACUCAAGGUGCGAGGAUUAGCAACUGGCAGCGAGUUUAGCUCGACUCAGUCGAGUGGACCGAGCCAAUCAGAGCAUGACGCAGAGAGCAGCGAUGACAAUUCUGACUUGUAUUUCCAGCAGGAUUCUGGAAGUGAGCCUUUUGAAGGAAGUCCCAGUUAG